ACAGACUCUUGGAGGGGGUGGGACAGGGAGGGUGUCAGGGCGCCAUUCUCUUCUCUGUCUGGAGCUCUGCGGUACCCAGAGAGGUCAAGAGCUGCUCUGGGCAUGAGGAGAAGAUGAGAGUGCCCUGUGGAGUGAAGCUCGUGUACUAUGUCUGCUCUGGGCCAGUGAUCCAGCUCCUAGGGGCCUUCAGCAACAGCCAUCCAGGGAGACAGCUUGAAACUCUGGAGGACUUGAAGGUCAGCUCAGCCAAGAGACAGAGAAAGCCCAUGACUUCUCACCCCGCCAAUUAUCAGUGUGACCUCAUGGAGACUGAGAAGCCUCUUCAGGAGAGGACCGAGGACCCAGGUGAGCAGGAGUCUGUGCUUCUGGAUGCUGGAGUGCGCUCUACCGUGGUCCGUGCCAUGCAGGAGGUGCUGUGGACCCGUGUCCAGGAGCUUCCGGACCUGUUGCUGAGGGAAGAAGAGGUAGCGGGCAUUGCAGAGGGCAUUGAGGCCGCCCUCUUCCAUCUGACCCAGGACACCAACCUCCGCUACAAGACCAAGUUCCGCAGCCUGCUCUUCAACCUGAGAGAUCCCCGGAACUCUGACCUGUUUCUCAAAGUGGCUCACUGUGAUGUCAGCCCUCACGACCUGGUACAGAUGAGCUCAGUCCAGCUGGCCCCUAAGGAGCUGUCCCGCUGGCGGGACCAAGAGAAAAAACGGGGCCUGGACAUCCUUGAGCAACAACAGAAGGAGCUGUCUAGACUUCCCGCCUCCAAACUGACUCACAAGGGUGAGGUGGAGAUCCCACGGGACUCAGACCAGAUGCUGACCCUGGAGGACCUGAUGGAACCCAUGAUGCCCCAAGAGUGCAGCCCACAGGCCCUGAAGAGCCCCCUGGAGGACACCACAGAUCAGCAUCAGCACCACAUCUGGGACUCCAACUGCCACAUCUGCAAGGACAGGAAAUCCUCAACUGAACUGCCAGGCCUCUCCAGAGCCAUCAUGAACAAGGAGGAAAAUGCCAUCUGGAAAGCCCCAAGUCCAGCUCCUGUGUCCUCUCCAGAGAUGCGCACAGCAGGGGAGACACCUUCCAAGGAACCACAGGACAGACUCCAGAUGCCUGUUGGGCCCAAAAAUGUCCCACCCAGCCCUCCGCCCUGGGAGGGCUCACUAGACAUGUUCUCCAUCAAGCAUUUCCGGGUCAAGGCCCAGUUGAUCUCGGGACACAGCUGUCAGCUUGUCCAGGCUCUGCCGGAUGUCAUUCGCUCAGCAGGCUGCCUCCCACCGAAGGACCUCUGGGAUCUUCUAGACCUCAUGUGCCCAGCCAGAGCAAAGGACAUCUGCGUGGUCAGACUGUGUCCCCAUGGGUCUCGGGACAUCCAGAACUACCGCAUGCUCUACUGCUACCUCAACAACAAGCAGCGGCACUGCCUGGCGACUGUGCAGCAUGUGAAGAUGGUCCUGCUGCCCCUACCUGCCUUCCAGCCUCUGCCAGCCAGGCUGCGCCCUCUGGGAGGCCCAGGUCUCGAAACCACUCACACGAGCCUGUUACUGGCUGUACUCUUCCCUAAGGAUGGGCUUCCAGACACAGCCCUGUCCAGUGCCGUGGGGAACAAGGUUCCCAAGACUGCCUCCUUCAGCAAAAAUGUGGAGAGGAGAUGCUACAAGCCAGAGGACAAGACACCAGAGACAGCCCUGAGAGGAUCACCUUCCCAAGGGGAGGCCCCAAAACAGAACUUGGCCAAGGGUAACCUGGCUCCAAGGAGUGGUUGUGCUUGGCAGGGCCUCCCCAGAGGCAGGGGGAGGCAGGGACCUGGCUGGGGACAGCAGUCCCCAGAAGCAAGUUGGUGCCACCCCCAACAUCCCAAUUCAGGUGGAUCAGUUUUUUCCCCUGCCAUUGGCCAUGAACAGCACCUCCACAGGGACUCCUGUUUCCACCAAGACCUACUCCAGCACCUCAAGGUCUUAGUGACCAUGAGUCACCAGUUCCAGGCCUCUCUGUGGCCCCCAGGUCAGGAGCCCCUCCCCCCACCCGCUGCAGUAUCUGCAGUUCGGGAUCCCCCUAGGCCAAUCCCAGACCUUUCUCUGGGCCCUAUGGAUGGAGGUGGCUCUGAGUGUCUUUGGCCGGAGAGGCCUGACCCUUCGGACCCACCAGAACAGAAGUGUUCAUUCCCUUUCUCUCAAUGCUGAAUGAGAGGAAAGGCCAGUCAGCUCUCCCCCACCUGCCCAGUUUGUAUCUGAUCUGCAGCCUGUUGGAUGGUGAUUUUUGGUUCAAUAAA